GUGUUGCAAAUAUAAAAGGCAAGCCAUGUGACAGAGGGACAGAAGAACAAAAGCAUUUGGAAGUAACAGGACCUCUUUUUAGCUCUCUGAAGAGUUCAAGGGGAGGAAGGAGUGGUGCAUUUACCAAAGUAGGUAGCCGACCCCGUCAGCGUGACACGUAAUGCGGCGUGGCUGUGCAGCCGGGAGCUGACAGGGAGGAUGCUGCAGGACCCCAGACCGCCAGCUGAAGGAGAGAGGGAGGCUCUCCUCCGUUCCCGGCAGAUAAUUUCCCUGUGUGUCACCGCCAGAGGCACGAAUAUAACUGUUCUCUGUUUCUUUGGGACAAAAGAAGAGUUUCACUGUUAUGAGCCCAGUGACAAAGUGUCAGUGUAGUGGCACUGCGAGGCUCGGGAACGGACACUGCCCCGGGGGAUCCUGGCUGAGGAAGAGAGCCCCGUCUCCCUGCUGGGAUUCAGAUGCUGCGUUUUAAUUAAUGUGGAAGAGACUGACACUGAACAAGUGCUGCCUGACAACUGUGCAGAGAGAUCUUUUGAUGGAUUACAAUCUCGGCAAACUCCAACGCGAGAAGAAGAAGAAUGACAGCUAAGACACUUAAACCAGACUUUUCACCAUCCUGGAAAGGAACUGGCUUCCAGGAUUUGGAGUUUUUUUAAUACUCUACCUCCCUCUACUGUUACCAGCGAGAAGUUCCUCGACAAUGGGAAAUCAUGUACUCGCGGCUUCGAUUUCCAUGCUCUCGCUCCUCGCGAUGAUGGGAGACACGGACAGUAAAACAGACAGUUCCUUCAUGAUCGACUCUGAUCCCAGCCGCUGUAUGAGGCACCACUACGUGGACUCCAUCACCCACCCCCUCUACAAGUGUAGCUCCAAGAUGGUGCUGCUGGCUCGCUGCGAGGGGCGCUGCAGCCAGACGUCGCGCUCGGAGCCGCUGGUGUCUUUCAGCGCGGUGCUGAAGCAACCUUUCCGCUCCACCUGCCACUGCUGCCGCCCCCAGACCUCCAAGCUGAAGGCCAUGAGGCUGCGGUGCUCGGGGGGCAUGCGGCUCACGGCCACCUACCGCUACAUCCUCUCCUGCCACUGCGAGGAAUGCAACUCCUAGGGGCGCGAUGCCACAGCAGGGAGGGGACUGGCGUGCUGCCGAUGGGAAAGACUCCCAAGAAACAAUCCAGAGUCAAGCCGAUGCUCCCAGCACACGAUUGCAGCAAGGACAGGACUAACCAGGCUGGAUUGAAUCUGAGAGCUGAAGUGUAAAAUACCCUGGGGUGCUGGAUGGUGGAUGUUGGUACCACGGUGCACAAAGGAGAAAGGGAGAGGACUUGUUUUCGAGAAGCCUUUCUUUUUUUCUGAAAGGAUAUUUUUGAGAGUUUCUUCUUUUUCAGGCUCAGCUCUGACUAGAGAGCUUUUACUGCUGGCCAUGGGCAGCAGGGGAACAGAGAGGAAGGUCAGCUGGAUGACAGCACUGAGCUCUGGAAGUUGACGUUUGGACAAAGGAUGGGCAUCAGUUCCCACAUACAACCUCUUAACCUAUCAAUUUAUUCUCAAUUUCCUACUUAUACUGGCCUUCAAAACAAACUGUGCCGUUGGCAAGGGUCAUCUGUUACUGAUCUAGCAGCCAAGUGCUGGAUGACUUUAACUGUGGUUUAGCAGAAAUUAUAAAUAAACCAUUGAAAAGUGAACUGGA